GACUUGUUUUCGCACCCCCCACCCCCCCCAUCUCGCAGUUCCCUCUCCCGAACCAUUUCUCUGCUCUGUUUGAAGCGCCUCAAACCAAUUACUCGCACAACAGGUUCUCAGGAGCGCUCGACCCCUCCCUCUCCACCCUCACCAACCUCCUCGAGCUGUGCGUUGCCCUCACCUUACCACAUCUCUGCCCUCCCGCCCUUCCCACCUGCCACCUCCGCAUUGCCUUGCCCUUCCCACCUGUCUACGCACUAUGCAUAUCCCUCUCUGUUCCCCAUGCCCCUCUGUAUGGUAUAGCUUCUCCUAUCACCGCCCAUACUCUCCUUGUUUCCUCCCCACCAUAUCCCUGUCCUCUCUCCCCCCACAGGGAUAUGGACAUGUCGGGCAACCUCCUCACAGGGUCCAUUCCAGCCUUCAUCUCACGCCUUACCGACCUCACUAUGCUCGACCUCUCUUCCAACCAGUUCACUGGCACCGUCCCGCCAGCUGUCAGCAACCCCACUGGCCUCGUCAGCAUCAACCUGGCGCACAACCUCCUGCAGGGCUCAAUUCCCCGGGCUCUCUCGCGCCUCGCCUCCCUCACCUACCUCAACGUGUCAUCCAAUCAGCUGUCAGGAGACAUCACACCGGCACUCUCUCCUCUGCGCUCCCUCGAGAUUGUCAUGACCCACCUGUAUGGCAUGACUCACCUGUAUGGCAUGACUCACCUGUAUGGCAUGACUCACCUGUAUGGCAUGACUCACCUGUAUGGCAUGACUCACCUGUAUGGCAUGACUCACCUGUAUGGCAUGACUCACCUGUAUGGCAUGACUCACCUGUAUGGCAUGACUCACCUGUAUGGCAUGACUCACCUGUAUGGCAUGACUCACCUGUAUGGCAUGACUCACCUGUUUGGCAUGACUCACCUGUAUGGCAUGACUCACCUGUUUGGCAUGACUCACCUGUAUGGCAUGACUCACCCGUUUGGCAUGACUCACCUGUAUGGCAUGACUCACCUGUAUGGCAUGACUCACCUGUAUGGCAUGACUCACCUGUAUGGCAUGACUCACCUGUAUGGCAUGACUCACCUGUUUGGCAUGACUCACCUGUAUGGCAUGACUCACCUGUAUGGCAUGACUCACCUGUAUGGCAUGACUCACCUGUAUGGCAUGACUCACCUGUAUGGCAUGACUCACCUGUAUGGCAUGACUCACCUGUAUGGCAUGACUCACCUGUAUGGCAUGACUCACCUGUAUGGCAUGACUCACCUGUAUGGCAUGACUCACCUGUAUGGCAUGACUCACCUGUAUGGCAUGACUCACCUGUAUGGCAUGACUCACCUGUAUGGCAUGACUCACCUGUAUGGCAUGACUCACCUGUUUGGCAUGACUCACCUGUAUGGCAUGACUCACCUGUUUGGCAUGACUCACCUGUAUGGCAUGACUCACCUGUUUGGCAUGACUCACCUGUAUGGCAUGACUCACCUGUAUGGCAUGACUCACCUGUAUGGCAUGACUCACCUGUAUGGCAUGACUCACCUGUAUGGCAUGACUCACCUGUAUGGCAUGACUCACCUGUAUGGCAUGACUCACCUGUAUGGCAUGACUCACCUGUAUGGCAUGACUCACCUGUUUGGCAUGACUCACCUGUAUGGCAUGACUCACCUGUUUGGCAUGACUCACCUGUAUGGCAUGACUCACCUGUUGGCAUGA